AUGUUUGGAUACGACAUUGUUAAAAAGUGUGCCGUCUUAACCUGCUUAAAGUGGGCAGAUUGGUCCAGGUUUGUCGAACAGAAAUGUGCGGUUAUUAGAGUCAACGUUACACUCGUACCGUCGUCGUUUGCUCCACUCUCGGCGAACCAGUCGGCCGGCGGGUCGACCUUGGCGGCGGUAGAACAUACUGCCGAUAUUCCGGGCGGCGGGGACCUUGAUCCGUUUCGCUGGUCGUUUUUAUCGCGGUUAUCGCGCCGACCGCCCGUCCGCGCCAUUCACCCAGUGACCGUGUCGCCGUCUACACGCACUCCGAACGCGAACACCAUGAGUGGCAAAUCAGACAUCGGACUCAUCGGCUUGGCCGUCAUGGGCCAAAAUCUCAUACUCAACAUGAACGAUCACGGGUUCGUGGUCACGGCCUACAACAGGACCGUCGAGAAGGUGGACGAGUUCCUGCAAAAGGGUGCCAAAGGCACGAACAUCGUUGGCGCACACUCGCUCAAGGAAUUGGUCGACUCGUUGAAAAAGCCUCGCAGAGUCAUGAUGCUCGUCAAAGCUGGUAGUGCCGUUGAUGAUUUUAUUGCUCAACUUGAACCUUUAUUGGAAGCUGGUGAUAUCAUUAUCGAUGGUGGAAACUCUGAAUACCAGGAUACACAACGCCGAACUAAAGCACUCGCCGAAAAAAGCUUGUUGUUUGUUGGUUCAGGCGUAUCUGGUGGUGAAGAGGGAGCACGAUAUGGUCCAUCCCUGAUGCCUGGAGGAAAUCCAAAAGCUUGGCCAUAUAUUAAGGAUAUUUUCCAAGGUAUUGCUGCUAAAGCUGAUGGUGAACCUUGUUGUGAUUGGGUUGGUGAGGAUGGUGCUGGCCAUUUUGUGAAAAUGGUUCACAACGGUAUUGAAUAUGGAGACAUGCAACUUAUCUGUGAAGCAUAUCAUUUGAUGAAAUCUGCUUUAAAAAUGAACAACAAAGAGAUGGGAUUGGCCUUUGAAGAAUGGAACAAGGGCGAAUUGGACUCAUUUUUAAUAGAAAUCACAAGAAACAUAUUGCAGUUCAAAGACGAUGAUGGAGAAUAUUUAGUUGAAAAAAUCCGUGAUGCAGCUGGUCAAAAGGGUACUGGUAAAUGGACCGCUAUUUCUGCAUUAGAUUAUGGCGUUCCAGUCACACUUAUUGGAGAAUCUGUGUUUGCACGUUGUCUGUCUUCAUUAAUUGACGAGAGAGCAGAAGCUAGUAAAGUCCUCCAAGGACCAACAGAAGUCUUUAACGGAGAUAAACAAUCCUUCUUAAAAGACAUUGGAAAGGCACUGUACGCAUCUAAAAUUGUUUCCUAUGCUCAAGGAUUCAUGUUGAUGCGAGAAGCUGCAAAAAUACAUGGCUGGAACUUAAAUUAUGGAGGAAUUGCACUCAUGUGGCGUGGAGGAUGUAUUAUUAGAAGUGCAUUCUUGGGAAAGAUCAAACAAGCGUUCGAACAUGAUCCAAAUCUUAAGAAUUUGUUACUCGAUCCAUUCUUUAAAGAUGCCGUACACGAUAGUCAAGCAGCUUGGCGCAAGGUGGUUGCUUCAAGUGCCAUGCUAGGAAUCCCCACUCCAGCAUUCAGCACGGCUCUUGCCUUUUAUGACAGUUAUAGAAGUGCUAGACUUCCAGCCAAUUUAUUACAGGCUCAACGUGACUAUUUUGGUGCUCAUACAUAUGAGCUAUUAACAGCUCCUGGAAAAUAUAUUCACACAAACUGGACUGGUACUGGUGGUGAUGUUUCGGCUAGCACAUACAAAGCUUAA